UGCUGCUUCCGGUCCGUCUUCAUUUCCCGGCGUCCCCCGCGCCCGCGCUGGCUGCCUCUGGCCACGUCUCGUCCGGGCCACGUCGCUCGGUGCCCGCGCUCCUCUCGCCAUCUUCUGCGCUCCGCCACACGCCGCCUCUGCCUCCGCCAUCGCCAUGAACGUCUUCCGCCUCACCGGGGACCUCUCCCACUUGGCCGCCAUCAUCAUCCUCCUCCUCAAGAUCUGGAAGACCCGCUCCUGCGCCGGUAUAUCUGGGAAAAGCCAGCUUCUUUUUGGACUGGUCUUCACCACACGUUAUCUGGAUCUCUUCACUUCCUUCAUUUCAUUUUAUAACACUUCUAUGAAGCUAAUCUACAUUGCUUGCUCAUAUGCCACAGUCUACCUGAUCUACAUGAAAUUUAAGGCUACUUAUGAUGGAAACCAUGAUACGUUCAGAGUGGAGUUCCUUGUGGUUCCAGUCGGUGGGCUUUCUUUUCUUGUCAAUCAUGACUUCUCUCCUCUGGAGAUCUUGUGGACCUUCUCCAUCUACUUGGAGUCAGUUGCUAUUCUUCCCCAGCUCUUUAUGAUCAGUAAAACUGGGGAAGCAGAGACCAUCACUACUCACUACCUUUUCUUUUUGGGCCUGUACCGUGCCUUGUACCUUAUCAAUUGGAUUUGGCGUUACUACUUUGAGGGAUUCUUUGAUCUCAUAGCGGUUGUGGCUGGUGUGGUUCAGACUAUUCUUUACUGUGACUUCUUCUAUUUGUAUGUUACGAAAGGUAAGACAUGAUGCGUAGUCUUCCUGUUAUGUAGCUCUAAAUAUGUGUUCUGGAUCUUUUGCAUGCACAAGUUGUUGGGUACAUUAGAAGAUUUAACAGUGUGUGCAAUUUACAACUAGACAUAAAUAACCUGAAGGUAUCAGAUCUCAUCUGCUCUUGGAAUCUAAGCAAGGUGAGGCCUGGUUGGCACUUGGACGAGGGUCCACCAAGAAAUACUAAGUGUUGCAUGCUAUAUUUCAAAAGAAGGAAUUGGCAAAAUUACCUCUAAGUAUUCCUUGCCUAAGAAAAUCCUGUGAACUUCAUGGGUUGCAUAAAUUGAUAGGCCAUUUGAAGUCAUGUGCACACACACAAUGUGCACACACACAAAGCAAGAGUUGAUGUAGGGACUUCCUGCUUUCCUUCCAGUCUGUUCUGGUUUUUCUUAGUAUAGGAGAGGAAAUAAGCUGAAUGCUAUUUCCCUAACUGCAUAUAUACAGCUUUCUUGUAUGUACUUAACAUACUUUUAUGCAGCGACCAAAGCAGGAUCACUACCUUUUAAGGCUUUGUUAGUUUCAAAGUUUUCUGGAACAAUGACCAAUAUCCUACAUUGAGCAGAUGAAGGGCACUACUCUACCUGCACAAUUUUGUGUGUUCCUCACACACCACACAGUUGUCAGAAACCCAGGAGGAGCACCUGCUACUGGGGGGAGGAUGUUACUAAGAGGUUGCCUGUCAGUGUUUUCAAUAACACUUACAUUAUGUUAUCAAUAUGUAUGCUUCCUAGUAUUUCCCCCAUAUAUUGCAUUACUUUUCUUUUGAGCCUACAUUCCAGUCACUAUUGAACACACACACACACUCUCUCCCUUUCGUAUUGUAUUAUGGCCAUGAAGUAGUCAAUGAGGAUUAUUAAUAGGAGCAAUUCAUAUUGUUCAUAAAAUGAACGUCCCGAACAAAAUACCCAUAUUGCAAAAU